AUGUCUUCCCGGAGCAUCACCAGUACCGCCCUCGAGAUGCACCAAAAGGUAUCUCCGGAUCGAUGGUGCGUGACGCGCUUGGAUCUCAAGUACUUGCAUGUUCAAGUCCUUGAAGCCGUGCAAGCAGGGCAAAUCUUCUCCAGAUCGUGCAGUGGAGACACAGCAGGCACUCAAGAGAGUGAAGACGAUGACGAGUUCGGGCCCAGCAUCUAUACCGUCACUGAGCAGUACAUCAAGCCAGUCACAGCUGAAGCGGGCAAGAUGAGCUGGGCCUUGAUGAGAAACCCUUUCGGUUUGGAUUGUGACUUGUUCGUGAGCCACGCCUGGCAAGAAGGCAUCUUCGAGUUUCUCUCCAAAGUUCGCACUUCUUGGCCUCGAGGUGCCCGAAAUGCUUGGUGCUGCAUGCUCGCCAACCCACAGAACCUCAACGUGAGCUCCAUGCUUUUGUCGCCUCGGGCUUCGCCUUUUGCGCUGGCGUUACAGGCCUCCAGCGUGGUCUUGGUGGUGCCAAACCGGCACAGGAGCGUCUACACCCGCUUGUGGUGCGGUUAUGAGGCCUAUGUCGCCUCAGAGGAGGACAAGACGAUCCAAGUCGCCAUGGCCCCCGGCCGCCGCUCCAUGUGCUUUGCUUGUUUGAAGGCCAUGGUGCCCGUGGUGCUGGGAUUGGUCCUGGGGACCUUGGACAGGUUCUUUCACUGGCAAUUGAGGGUUUUCGAGAUCUCCUUUCUGGUAUCCAUGUGUGCCUUCACAAGUGCCAUUGCGCGUCCCUCGCUCCUUCGACGGGUGGUGAACUAUGUGGGCUUGCUGUCGUCGGGUGCGCUGGAGGUUUGCUGGGAUCAGAAGCGCCUACUGGUGUUCCAAGAGGGUCCUACAGUCUUGGAGCAUAUUGCCCAGCGUGUGGUGUGGCUUUGUGGUAUCGCCUUCUUUCUGGUCGCCGAGUUGGACCGUGCACGCAGCCUGCGCCUGGACGAGGAGGGACAUCAGCUGCGCAAGGGUUUCGAAGGCUCCAUUCGCUUUGCCAGCUGCUCGCAAGAGACGGACAUGAGAAACAUUUGGGAGGAGAUCGGCAACAAGGUGGAUGACGUCGACCAUGCCAUUGAUGUGCUGAUCUCUGCGGGCAUCUCGUCUCCAGAUUUGCGCUUUGCAGCGGAGCAGGGCGUGGACAUUGAGGAGGCGGGGCACGCGGACUACGCCAUGGCCGUGGUGGUCUUGGGACCAUUGCAAUUGAUUUCCUUGAAGAACGCGAUUCAGGUGUUGCUCUUUUCGCCCGAGCUUUGGCAAGAAGCCACGUUUGCCUGGCUGGGGCUUCUGGCCAGCCUGUCUUGUAGCAUCAUGAUCCUGGGCGGCUCUGUAGACCAGCGUGCCUUUAUACUCAAGGUCAUGAACAAGCUCUGCACCCUCACGUUUAUUCCAUUCGCCGCCGUGAUGGGCGCCGUCGGGAACGAGGAAGGAGACGUGGCAUUGCAAGUCCUUCAAGUGCUCUUCACCAGCCUCCACAACAUCAAGAUUGUGGUGCUAUUCUUUUCCGUCUUGAGCAUCAGGGGCACCUUAAAGUUACCAGGUGGCAAAAGUAUCCUGCUGUUUCUCCUUUCAAGGCGCUGGGGCGGCCAUGAUUGCCGCUCUCGUCGCUGCUGCCCAGUCGUCUCGGGCUCGAGCGAGUCUGUUGGGGAUUGA